AUGUCUGCCGAGAACAAGAUUGAGGAAAUUACCGAGGACCAGGUCCCCCAGAUCGAGGAGAACUCCACCAUCGUCAUCAAGAAGGAGGAGAAGGCCGCCCGAGCCCUCAUCUCCAAGCUCAACCUCCAGAAGGUUGAGGGUAUCACCCGAGUUGUCCUCAAGCGAACCCGACAGCACAUCUUCGUGAUCGCCAACCCCGAGGUCUACAAGACCCCCACCGGCAACUCCUACGUUGUCUUCGGUGAGGCCCAGCACGAGGACAUGCAGGCCACCGCCCGAGCUGCCCAGAUCGCCGCUGCCCAGGCCCAGCAGGCUGCUGCCGAGACCGGCUCCGUCUCCGAGGCUGCUGCCGCCGGUGAGGUUGGCGCUGAGCUUGCCUCCAAGGAUCCCGCUUCCAUCACCGCUGACCUCGAGGCUGCUUCUCUGUCCAAGGACGAGGAUGCCGAGGACGAGGCCGAGGCUGAUGCCACCGGCCUUGAGGACUCCGACAUCAAGCUUGUUAUGGAGCAGGCCAACGUUUCCCGAAACAAGGCCAUCAACGGUCUUAAGAAGAACGACUCUGAUGUUGUCAACACCAUCAUGGACCUCUGCAAGUAA